GUAUGUUUCUCAAUCAAAGAGCUCAUUUUAUGCACCAUUCUUCUACAGAUUUCAGCUCUGAACAUACUAGCGCGGCGCUGCGGUCCAUCAAUAGGAAGAGGAAGAAACAACAGAACUGUCCGUUAAAAUGAGCGUCUACAUGAAUCGAUUAUUCCAAAGGUCUAAUUCAAGUUUCCACUUAUGCAGCGGAAACGCCUUACGAUCUGAAGUCUUGCGCUUAAGAGAAGAUCUCUUCUUGGUGAACGCAGGAGUGGGGACCCCCAAAAUCUGCAAGCAAGACGAGCUCAUCGGAGUUCCGCCGCUCAGUCGAGCCACCUCCAGGUUCGAGAAUAAAGUGGGAUUCAUGGGCGUAAGAACCGGCGAAUCACUCGUCAGAGGGAAGAUUCUGGAGAGAGUGUUUAUCGAUUUAGUGGCCGGUGAUUCGGUUUUUAAAGAAAGAGCGACUGCAAGGUUUAAUGAUUUGGUGGGGUCCACUGAUGCAGUGGUUCCCGGUGAGCCGCUGCUGCUUCUUCCGCGGAAAUUCAGGCAGAAGCGAGCUGGGUUGGAACUGAACAAGAUUUGGCGGACGAAUUCGAAGGUGAAAGGGUUUAUGAUUGAGAAAGUUAGAGGAGGUUAUGCCGUUGCUAUCGCGGGUUUCAUUGCGUUUGUUCCGAUUCGUCCUACCAUGAGGCAAAGGCUGUGCUCUGAUAAAUAUACCAUUGAGACUAUUAAUCCAAAGAAGUCGGAAAUUAUAGUGUUUUAACAGAUGACCUGAUGAGCGAUGAAAAUAAAAAAAAAGAUUUGUGAUUGCUCACCAACUGUUUGGCGUUAUGUCUCAAAGAAAAGUUGGUCUCCUUUGUUAUCUUUUUACUAGUGAAUUUGACUGAUAUAUGAGUAGAGGAUCAGCCUUUGUGAUGUUUGUGGAAAUGCCUGUUAUGUUAUAUUGGCUUUCUUUUUUGGAUAGCAUAUUUAAUUUGGCUGUUUUUCCAUGUCCAGGUUUGUUUUCGAUUUCCUAUCUUAUUUAUGCUUGUGAUUCUUGUUCA